AUGCCCGAGGUGUCGAAUGCGCCGUUAAAAGAUCCCGAUUUUGAUCCUUACAUAGACAAUGGAGGAACAAUCAUUGCCAUUGCAGGGCCAGACUUCGCCAUGAUUGCAGGAGACACUAGGCUUUCAGAGGGGUACAACAUCCUUUCUCGUAAUGUCCGUAAAGUCUUUCCUGUCACAGAUAAAAUUGUCUAUGCCGCAUCUGGUAUGCAUGCGGAUGUGCAGCGACUACUCAAGCAUAUGAAGAUAGAGUCAACAGAGUAUUAUCUAAAGACACAAAAGGAGAUAGCUAUAGAGCAGUUCAUAAGAUUGCUGAGCGCUAUGAUGUACUACAGGCGCUCCUUCCCUUGGUAUACAUCAUCCAUUGUGGCGGGUAUUGACUCCGAAGGGAGGGGCGCUGUCUACUCAUAUGACGUAAUUGGCUCAACUUUGCGAACCAGAUACGGUUCUGCAGGUACAGGGAAUGCCAUGAUAUGCCCAAUACUUGACGAGGCCAUAUUGUCAAAGAACGAGGCCGAGAUUACUCGGGAGUUUGCCUUUGAACUGAUUCAAUCGGCAUUUAGGAGCUGUGCAGAACGUGACAUAUAUACGGGAGACUCAGUUGUUGCUAUGUGCAUAUCUGCCGACGGAAUCCAAGAGAGGACCUUUGAGCUACGUAAGGAUUAG